AUGUCCAUGGAGGAAAUCAAAUCAUUAGUUCCAUUUGAGGGCCAAGUUCAGUGCCCAUCUCCGGAAGAUGAUCUUCUUUGGUUGUUGGAUUACUUCAGUUCGAAUCCUGAUAUCGACCAACUACUGCAACUACAACAAGUCGAACCCAACUCUGUGUCAAUUGCUGAAUCAACAAAUGAGAGUGCAGGACCUUUGGAUCCAUUAGAUGGUGAAUUAGUAUGGGGGAAUCCUGAUUACCCAGGUAUUGCGGGUGACAACAGUGAUCUUCUUGUGGAUCCUAUGGACUUCAACCUGGAACCAAUUAAACCAGAGGACAAACUUUCUGAAUUCUUGGGGACUGGUUAUGAGAAUACAAUUCCCGUUUCAAUACGGCCUCAGCCUUGGGUUCCACUCAGUUGCAGUUGUUGUCAAGUGAUUAGAGACAUCCGCCACACAAAUGGCACUGAAGCUACCAGGCUUGAGAUUCAUGGCAGAGUUGGUGUAAUUUGCCAUGCUAUUCUAGAGAUCCAAGAUGGGGUUGCACCAAACACACAGUAUCAUAUGACUGAGUGA